AUGAACAGCAGAGGUGCCACAGGGAAUAAGUUUGCAGGGGGCCCUAACUCUUUUGAAAAUAACGACAAUAAAGAAAAUCAUCUGAAGGAAGUGGUGACUCCAUUAGGGGAUGUAUAUAUACUCAAUGAAAAAACCAAUGAGAAAUUUAUUAAGGGCACCCAGAGGAGUGACGGAACGUUUAGGAAAACGAUCCGCGUGAGGACGGACUAUAUGCCGCAGGUGAGAGGAAAACUGCGCAUAUCAAGUGAAGGGGAAAAUACUAGAGCAGCAGAACAUGAGUAG